AUGCGAGCUCGGGGCCAGCAGUCAUCGUCUAUCACAGUGGUCCUUGAGACCAGUUUCGACACCUUGGCAGCACGGAAGCAAGAAGAGUUUCUGAAGAUGGCUGUGUUGGCCGCGGGUGCUCUUGCGCCGAUCGAGAUGCUGCGCAAUCUUUGGGAGAUAGAGGACGCUGAGGGUACGCGAGACGAAGCUGAGGGUCUGGUGAGGAAAUGCCUUCUACACGCUGUGGCUGGUGGUGAGUACCGUGUGCACGUCCUGGUCCUGGAGUUUUCGAAAACUAGCAUCAGGGCAGAGGAGGAGACGGUGCAAAGGGCUACAGUGCUGUAGGCGCAGUACCUAGGGAAAUUGAACGUUCUCAAGAGUUACGGAGACCCGGAACACGGCGCUGGAUGCCAAGGACGUUUCUUCUUGGAUGCCCUCUGGCGCUCGGUG